UAUGGCGACGAAACGAGAACUCAAGAAGAACUUUGUAAUUUGUUUCACUCACAAUAUCCACAAAGGGACAUUACAAGCUCCACAGUGAGCAAAAUUCAGAGAAAAUUUAUUGAAUCAAAACAAAAACUAACAAGAAAACAAGAUGAAACAUAUUAGGUGAAGUUGCAUCUUCUGAAGUAGUUUCAAAUAGUGAUGCUAGAAAAUAGCUUUGCAUGUAUUAAAUAAUCACCCGUGUGGGGUCUUAUGGUGCACGUACUAAUUUACGCACUUGCCAUUAACCACCUAGUUGCGCUGGUGAAGGACCAUUGAUUGAUUGAAUACUUCAAAAGUGAACUGAACAUUUAUUGUUGUUACACGACACUCGUACAUAUGCCUUACGAAUACAUACUCAUGCUGCUUACGGAUACAUACUCAAACGCAUACUGUUUUUCUCGCCACAGGUGGCGUGAUCGCACAACUACCGCGCAUGCGAAUACAGUCGCACCCUUGCGGCAAAUUUAAAGUUCGAGUUUUGAGAUCGGACAACCCGCACAAGGUGACAUUACUACAGGAGCUGAACGAAGAUGAUCCCAACAGUAUACCACAGUUUUAUAAAACUAUGAUCGAAAUACAAGUACUGUUAAGUGAUGAAGCUCAUUUUUGUUUAAUUAGUACGGUAAAUAAACUUAAUAAAAUUGUAGGUAUUGGAGUACAAAUAAUUGGGAUCCGUGAAACAAUCAUACACAACAUCCACAAAAAAUAAAUUUUUCGGCUUGGGUUUUGAAUAACAAAAUAAUAUAUUUCAAUUUUUUCAAAAUCCCUUAAUUCCUAUUUUGCAGUUUCUAAUCCAAAUCAGUCUGAUAUGCCCGAUAAAAAAUCUUAUACUUCAAUACGACAUUUCCCGGAAAAAAUAAGAACAAUAUAAGUAUUCAAUGUUUUCCACUGGGAAUUAAUCAAAAUAAAAUGUGUAUAAUAAAAAAACGAAGUUUCUAAAUUUUGAAUUAGAACAAAAAUAAGUAAAGUAAUGAAAAUCUGGGGAGAAAGUUUUUGGAAAAGUUUUUAAACCGAUCGACACAACAAAUAACAAAAAAUUCAAAAGUUCAAUUCUCUGAAUUUCAUUUAGAGUCGCGAUAUUCACUUUCGUUACUGUACUUAACAAGCUACUUACUGGUUCAUUUUAAAAUUAAAUUCCUGUUUUCUAUUUUUUUUGCCCAUGAAAAUUAAGAGAUAGGUAUUAGGUGUGCGUAAAAUUGGAUACAAAAUUUGAAAAUUGACUCACUCUGUAUGGUUUAUAUUUGAUGAUAACCUUUAUCAGUUAUUACAACAUUCUCCAACAGAUAUACAUUUACGAUAUUUUAUUCAUAUCAUUUAAACUAAGGCAAACGUAACUAGAUAACUAAACAAGAUUAGCGGUUGGCCAAAAACAAAUUUUAACGAUUGAAUCCUCGCAAUUAACUGAAUUACCAGAAAAUUAGACAAUGUAUCUUUAAGAAAAGCUUCAUCAAGUGAUCGAACUCUUUAACCUCAGUUUAAACAAUCUUUUUUUUAAUGCAACAGUUGAAAAAAUCUCCUGAAAUGUUAAAAUUUAUCGCAUAUUUAAUAAACGCUUACACCAAGUAAAUAGCAGUGCCGACCCGUUACAAAUAAUCAUUAUACCGACUUUAGCGACAAAUAAAUAAUGCUGACUAUCCGACAAACUUAUUAGUGCACGUCUGGCAAAUUAAACAUGCGUCUAUUUAAAUUUCUAUUAGUGUUUCAUCUCGUGUUUGGGGUGAAGUGUCAUCGACUAUUGGUGCUCUUUACUUUGCCGACACGAAGUCACGAUAUUUUAGGGACAGCGUUGGUAAAAGGGCUUGCCGAACAUGGGUUCGAUGUCACCUACGUGGGACUUUUUGAAGAUAAAACUCCUCCGACGAGCUACAGAAAAAUUGUACUCACUGGAUUUUUGGAGGAAUAUCAACGGAUAUUGGCAGGGAAAUUUACUGUAGUGCAAAUGGAACAAAAGUCUCCGUUUCAGCAUAUACUCAUGAUGAACGAGGUGGGCAAUGCAUUGACGGAUAGUGUUUUAAAACACCCAAAUAUCCAAAAGCUUGUUCAAUCCAAUGAACACUUCGAUGCCGUCAUUAUGGAGCAGGGUUUGAACGAUGGACUAAAAAUACUCGCAAGUCAUUUCAGAGCUCCAUUAGUAAUUUUCAGUAGUUUGGGCCCCAAUCCUUGGAUCAACAAUAUCGUUGGCAAUCCCGAGCCUCCCAGUUAUAUACCAAAUAUAUUUCUAGACUUUCCACCCGAAAUGAAUUUCUUCCAAAGAAUUUACAAUUUCGUUUUCGCCGCAUACAGCAAAUUUAAUCUAGAUUACGUAUUUUACCCCGAACAGAGUAGAAUCGUCAAGAAAUACUUCCUGGAUGCGCCAGCUUUCGAUGAAGUAUUGUACAACGUCUCACUAGUUCUUUUAAAUUCGCACGAAAGCGUUACGCAACCAGUACCUCUAGUGCCGAAUAUGAUCAAUAUCGGAGGUUAUCACGUGCGUCCUCCAAAUGAACUUCCUAAAGACUUGAAGGAAUUUAUGGAUAAUGCCACGGAAGGAGUUAUAUAUUUCAGCUUGGGGUCCCAUGUGGACCCUUCUCUUCUACCGGAUUCCACUCUCCAAGCAAUUUCUAGGGUUUUGGGGUCCAGGCAGGAAAAAAUACUUUGGAAGUGGCCAUUGGAUACUUUGCCAGAUCAGUCGAAGAACGUUCGUAUAUCAAAGUGGUUUCCUCAACAAGAUAUUCUGGCCCAUCCAAACUUGAAACUCUUCAUUACACACUGUGGACUUUUAAGUACUACCGAGACUGUUUAUCACGGAGUGCCUAUUCUUGCAUUGCCAGCAGUGGGAGACCAAAAAUUAAAUGCAGCACAUGCGGAAUCCCUUGGUUUGGGAAGGAAAUUGUUUCCGUCAGAAAUCACCGAGGAGAGCUUUAAGGAUGCUUUAAAUGAUGUUCUGGACAAUCCCAAAUACAGAGAUAACAUAAAAUAUCGGUCAAGCGUUCUUCACGAUCGUCCAGUGAGCCCCAUUCAAUUGGCAGCUUACUGGGUUGGGUAUGUGAUUAAGCAAAAAGGUGCGCCACAUCUUCGUGUUGCUGGUGCGCGGAUGCCUUUCUACAAAUACCUCAUGUUAGAUGUUAUUGCAGUCAUAAUUUUCGCCAUGUGUUCCGUUUCGUAUGCAUUCAGUAAAAUUGUUGGAAAAAUAUUGAGGCCGAAAAAUAAACUAAAAAAAAGCUAG